AUGGUCUCGUUUACCAACCCCUUGUCUGGCUCAUCUGCGUCCCGGCAACGCAGUAACCCCCGGAGCAUCCAGUCUGCGGAGCCAGCCUUUGUUCCUCCAGCGAACCGGGCACGAUAUGUACCAAACAGCGCAUCGCAAGCAUUCCCUCUCUCUGAAGUCAUUCCAGAGUUGAUAGAGAACAAUCCAGCCAUACCCACCAGCCGCACGUGGACACCAAGCACCAGAACCCUGAAUUUUUCCAACGAUGGAGGUGAAGAACAGGAUCGAUCCGUCUUCGUAGAGAAAUACAACCAGGUAGCAACCAAGCACGGAGUGAGACCGUUAGUCGCUGGGGACUUUGACGCUCAUCUUCGCAAUCGGAGUGGCUCUUCCAGUCCUGAAAAGAAAAGUUGGCUCUCUCGAAUCUUUCGAGGAUCGUCCAACCAGUCGAUGCCAAAGAAGGCAGCCCCUGGGCUUUGGGCGCAUAAACGAAGCACCUCGGACCUGGGAUCCUCCAUUCGCUCUAAAUCAGAGCCCAGGAUUCUUGAUAUUCAAGACUUGGUGCGGUUGACUGGCAGCAGCCUGCUGUAUCUACCCCCAGGAUUCUCCCCUCACCCUUUGGCUCUUCCGACGUGCAUUCGAGCCACGGCUCAGUACCUUGCUGAGAACUCCGAUCUUCGAGGCGUUUUCCGAAUCCCAGGCUCCGUCAAGACUACAAAGGCUCUCUAUGAUUAUUAUUGUGACCCUAGUGGCAGUGACCUUCAUAUAUCCAGCACCACCUAUCAACCCACCCUGCCAACAUCCAUCCCGCAUCAUCUCCACGACGUGGCUUCUACCUUUAAACGCAUUCUCAAGGGGUUGCCAAUAGGUGUUUUGGGAUCGAUCACGUUGCUUGAUGCAUUUCUUGCAAUCUAUUCACAACUGCAAAAUCGACUGGACGUUCCAGCAGAGAAACUGAAAAAGACUCGUGCACGACUCAUUGCGUUGGCUAUCCAAACUAUUGACUCGCGACUCCAACGGGAUCUAAUUUGUGCAGUCUUUGGCUUGCUCAGUCUUAUUGGCCACGCCACUGAACAAUCGCCGGCCAGUGAUGCCGAUGGUCGAGCUUCCGCGCCUAGUGAGCUCAUGUCAUAUCAUGCUCUCGGAAUUAUAUUUGGUUCGUUGCUGGUUGGGUUAGACGAGCUUGACAACUAUGACAUAAAGGAGUCUUCAUCAACUUCUGGCCUAUCCCUGGUUCCGAUACCAGCAAAGAAGCGCCACAAUCGGCAAAAAGCAAAGGGACGCAAUCCUGAUGUUCCGGAUUUCUUCAAGGUCGAAGUCGUAAAUAACAUCGCCGAGAUGGUAAUUUCCAACUGGCAAGAUGUCGUUCGCCAGAUGCUGUUACUGGCAGCGAACCCUGACCAAAAGACGGCGCCAAUGCAAGAGACGCAUGACGAUUCCGAGUCCUCCAUCUGCGAAUCAUUCGUGGAGAACAAGGUCAGCAGGAUCACGGUUGUCUAG